AUGUUGGACUCAGUGACACACAGUACCUUCCUGCCCAACACGUCCUUCUGCGACCCCCUGAUGUCGUGGACUGAUCUGUUCAGCAAUGAAGAGUAUUAUCCUGCCUUUGAGCAUCAGACAGCCUGCGACUCCUACUGGACGUCCGUCCACCCCGAGUACUGGACCAAGCGCCACGUCUGGGAAUGGCUCCAGUUCUGCUGUGACCAGUACAAGCUGGAUGCCAACUGCAUUUCCUUCUGCCACUUCAACAUCAGCGGCCCGCAGCUGUGCAGCAUGACUCAGGAGGAGUUCACCGAGGCGGCCGGCCUCUGUGGGGAGUACCUCUACUUCAUCCUCCAGAACAUCCGCUCCCAAGGUUACUCCUUCUUUAAUGACACAGAAGAGACCAAGGCUGCCAUCAAAGACUAUGCCGAUUCCAACUGUUUGAAAACCAGUGGCACCAAAAGUCAAGACUGUCACAGUCAUAGUCGAACGAGCCUCCAAAGUUCUCAUCUAUGGGAAUUUGUGCGAGACCUGCUUCUAUCUCCUGAAGAAAACUGUGGCAUUCUGGAAUGGGAAGAUAGGGAACAAGGUAUUUUUCGGGUGGUAAAAUCAGAAGCCCUGGCAAAGAUGUGGGGACAAAGGAAGAAAAAUGACAGAAUGACGUAUGAAAAGUUGAGCAGAGCCCUGAGGUACUACUACAAAACGGGAAUUCUGGAACGAGUCGACCGGAGGCUAGUGUACAAAUUUGGCAAAAAUGCACAUGGGUGGCAGGAAGACAAGCUAUGA